AUGAAGACAAUACUCUUCGUCCUAGGAGUUGUCGUAACUAUUCACGCCUUCAACCUCUUCAAGAAAAAGGAGAAGGAAGACUACUGUAAGGACAGCGAUCCAAAAUACUGUGCGGCAAAAGUUCCCAAGGGAUUCUGCGAAUCGCAAUUCCACACUAAACAAGAAAUCAAAAACAAAUGCAUGAAGUCGUGUGGGCUGUGUUGCGGCGACAGAGAUCCCGAUGAAUGCAAAAAGAAGAAGGAGACGGUGGCUGGUUUCUGCCAAUCGUCCGAAAAAGAGCUCAAGGCAACGUGUGGUGCCACCUGUGGCUUAUGUGCAGAGCCAGAAGGACGACUACUCUCGUCCGGCCCACCCCUGGGUUUAGAGCCUUAUUUUGAGUACAACUCUGCAAUGAUGCAUGUGGAGAAGUGA